UGCCUCCCCAUCAUCUCCUCCCGUCACCGCGUGCAGCCCCAGGCGUCACGUGGGCUGGGCGCGCUGACGUCACACGCUGUCAGGCGGAGGAAGGAGGAAGUGACACAAGAUGGCUGCUGGCACCGGGGAUCGGGCUGUGUAGGAUCGGGGCGGCAGCGGACUCUAAAUGGCUUCUAGGAAGUCCACGUCAGAUAUACAUGGGCCCUUCAGUUACCUAGAGGACGUCCCCUUCAAGAUCGGCGAGAAGUUUAGAGUGCCGGAUAAAGUUGGCUUGCCUGUUGGGUUCUGUGUGCCGGACAUCAGCCAGAUAAUUGGCGAGGUUCAGUAUGACUUCUCCCUGGAGAAGAAGACCAUCCAGUGGGCUGAGGAAAUCAAACAGAUCAAAGCUGCCCAGAGAGAAGCCGAGCUGAAGGCGGAAGCUGCUCGUUCCCAAGCGAGCGCGGACACCCCAGGAGAGAGCGGGGGGGAUGAAAGCCGGCGGUUCCCCCAUUCCAUCAACCACUUCCUGGCCAGUCUGCAGCACAACAACAUCUUGACUCCCACCCCGGCCACACAGCAGAAAGUGCUGAGUGCUCCUCACACCCUGGCAGACUUCAACCCUGCUGACUUUGAGUGCGAGGAGGACCCCUAUGACAAGUUAGAAUUAAAGACUAUUGAUGAGAAAGAAGAAUUAAGGAACAUUCUUUAUGUCCAUAUUAUGCCUGCUCCAAACCCAGACUCCUGUAAGUCGGAAGUGGAGAAAGAUGAGGAGUCUCUUUCUGCCAAGGAACAAGAAACCUUGGACUUCAAGAACCUCCGCAAGCCCAAUGGUUUGAUCACUUUACCGCAGCUGGAAAACUGUGAGCACCCGCUCGCAUCUUCCAAAGUGUCCCUCGCCCCCAUCAACUUGGUCAGCAAUAUCAAAUCCCUCUCUUUCCCCAAACUGGACUCUGACGAGGGCGAUGAGAAGAUAGUAUUCACACGCACUGCCUGUCCACCCAACGGCACCUAUCUGGAAUCCUUAAAGUCCAGCUCUCCACACAACGGCGGUGAACUGAACGGGCACCUCGUGUGGAGUCCGUCCUUGCAUUUAGACAGUGGAACGACACAGUCAGCGCUACCGCCUUCAUCUCUGGCCACCGUUGUAUCCGUCGCCGGUACCGGAGGAAUAACAAGAACCUAUUUCAGCAGUGAUACGCAGAUAACCGCUCAUCAGGUUCCUACGUCCAAAGUGCCAAACAGUGUGACUAGCGUGAAGCGGCUCAACGUGUCCAACUACGAGGAGCUGCUCCAGGCCAUGUCCGGCAGCGAGCGGCAGUGCGCGGAGACUAUCAUCAGCAUGGGGUAUUCCUAUGAGCAUGUGAUGAGAGCCAUGCAGAAGCAAGGGCAGAACGUGGAGCAGGUUCUCGAGUACUUGUUCAUCCACUCCCAGCUGUGCGAGAAGGGGUUUGAUCCUCUGCUUGUGGACGAGGCACUGGAGAUGUAUCAGUGUUCAGAGGAAAAGACGAUGGUAUUCCUCCAGCUAAUGAGCAAAUUCAGAGAGAUGGGAUUUGAACAGAAAGAGAUUAAGGAAGUUUUGUUACUCCAUAGCAAUGACCAGGACAAGGCCCUGGAGGACCUAAUGGCUCGGGCCGGGGCCAGCUGAAUCCCCCGGAGAUCAUUCCACGUUAGGUUCUAAUAAAAUUCUCCUAUGAACACUAUCACAAGCUUUCCGUUCAGAGGGACGAGACGCAGGGAGCGAGGCUCCGCCGCGUCCGUCCGUGUUUCGCGUUACAAUUUGAUUUCCCUCGCACAGAAAUGCCAGCGUCACCAUAUUAUGUAAGAAGUGCCCUUCUACCUCCCAAACUUUCAAACACUUUGAGAAAUAAGGAGAUUUGGACCUUUGUGCACGAGAGCCGAGCAAUCGUCCUUUUUUUAUUUUACUUUUUAUUUUUGUUCUCAUUGUAACGGAAAAUACAGCGGAACGGAGAAGAUUAUUUGUUUGUGAAGCUGCUGUUUGCUUGUACUGGAAUACAGACAGGUGUGCUCUGAUAAGGCAAACGUUAGUGCAAUUCUGAUUAUUUUGUUCUUUUUGAAUAGUGCUACACUGGUCAUUAAACUACUCGCAAAGGCCUAGAGUAAAAAGCAGAAUGUCUAGCUAACCCUUGUUCCUUUUUCCAUCCAUCAUCCACUCCUGGCACGGAUAUUUUGGGGUUGCUGCAGUUUAGCACUGGUAAAGCUGUGACUGCUUAUCGGAAUAUUUAAAUAUAUGCUAAGUUAUUUGUAUUAAAAGCUUUAUCUGUGCAUCGGAAGUGACGUCUUAACCCCCAGCGCCCGAGGACUACGUUUUGGAAAUCCAUGCCGACCCUAAAAGCAGGUAAACGUGACCUGUGGCUGUACCGUAGCCGAGAGCUGAUGGCAGAUCUGGCCGGAUCGGCGACUGGCCGCCAGGCCACCACCAAAGGCCGGCCUGUCUGCGGGAGUCGCCUUUAUUUAAGCACUUUGUUCUCCCAGCUUCAGUUCUUACCAGAAUUAUAUCUAGUAUUUCAAAUCAUCUUUUGAUAGUACAAAAGUGUAUUAUGUUGUACAUUGUUUAAGAUAAAAUGUAAAUCUAAGUCUUGACGAAUAUAAGUAAUUUGCUAAAUAUUUUCUUUCUCCCUACAGAGGUACUAAUAAAACUGUAAAAUAAUAA